AUGGCAUGGAUUGCUGCAAACCAAGACACAGACUUUGGGGGCUCUCCCGAGGUGUCACAGCCCAGCCCCCAGUUCGACCAGGACCGCCCGCUGCCGCGUCUGCCCAAGGGCGCCUCGCAGGACGCGAUUGCGCAGCGCGCAGAAGGCGAGCGUGAUCCUACGUCGCGUGUCAUGCGUGUGCCUGCGGACGACGCGCCGCAGCGCGCUCCGGCAGCCGCCGCGGCGAGCACCGCCCCCUCGAGCACUGCGCCGGCGCAGGACCGUCCAGUGCGCGUGCUCGAGGCGCCGCACAUUGACCCCGUGACGCUGUAUGGAUACACGGGCGUUGCGUGGGAGCACCCUAUGGAUGUCGAAGAGGCGCUGCCGGUCGUCGCCCGCAUCCUCGCGCAGAUCCGCGUGCACGGCUACGAUGCGCCGCUCUUGCUGAGCUCGAUGGCCGUCGAUCUGUCGGCCGCGGGCAGCACGAAGCUGGUGCGUGCGCUGCUGGCGACCUACGGCGCGGCCGACGAGGCGGACCCGACGGCGGCGCAGGCGUUUGCAGAGGAGCUGCAGUUUGCGAGUGUGUACAAUCUCGUGGCGCUCCUCAAGUGGGUCCUCGCGCGGAUCGGGUGCGUCGUCGCGGAGCGGCCUGCGCCAGAGGAUGCAGUGCACGCCACGCCCCUCACCGAUCUUGUUCUGCUGCAGGAGCACGGCUUUGUGCCGUGGUCGGCGUACGCCGCCUGGCGCGAGCGUGAGCGCCGUGAAAACUACCAGCCCCAGGCCUAUGCGCAGCUGACACAGGCGCUCGAGGCGCCGGUCGCGCGCCUCCUGGAGCUCCUGCUCGACUUUUUCGCGACAGUCGCGACGCACAGCCGCCACAACGGCAUGACUCCGUCCAAGAUUGCGCGCAUUUUCGGCGCGCUCUUUUUUGGCUUGCCGGAGGACGCGCCGUUCCACGAGACCUAUGCGCAGUUUGUGCGCGCGAGCAAUGCGACCGAGCACAUCCUGCUUGCGUUUAUGCGCUUCCACGCGUCGAUGGCGCGCUCGCCGGAGCUGUUGCCCCGCCGCCUGCUGAAGCACAUCCGCGACUACCCCCGCCUGCUCGCGAGCAACGUCGAGUCGAGCAGCGCAUUUGUGCGCACGAUCCCCGUGACGCCCGUCACGCGCCAGGUGCGCGAGUACGCGCGCGAUCUCGUGCACGACACGGUGCAGUGGCCGAGCCCUGCACUGCUCUCUGCGCUCGACGGCGGCGUGAGCGACGCGCCGAUCGACCUCGCGGAGCGCACGCGCAAGCUGCUCAACGUCGGCGCGACGCGCCGCGUGCGCCGGCCCCGCCAGGCGCCGCGCGAGGAGGCCUUUUCGACGUUUGCGACGCAGCGCUGGAGCGAGUUUACCUACGACGGCUUUGACGAGCUCGACACGUCGCGCCUCUCGUUUGACCUGCGCGAGCAGGACCGCCGCUCGCGCAUGGAGCGCGUGCAGAGCAUGCACUGGUACCAGUUCGAGGAGCAGGGCUUCGAGCCGUCGAAUGCGGACGAGACGCGCUGGGACUGGGUCAUGCGCUUCGACGAGGAGCUGCACGACGAGGCGAAGCGCGCGCCGCACGUCGUCGAGAUGCAGGCGCAGAAACUCCCGAGGAACGAUUCGCACGUCUUUGGCGGCGAGUCGCUCGCAUUCCCGUACAGCACCGAGUCGCAGGCGGGCGCACCGAUGGCCGUCGACGAAAUGUUCCCCGAGGUCUGGGCAGAUUACCUGAUUGGGAACGGAUGGAGCAACCGCGACGAGGGCGUGCACCGGCGCGCAAACUUUGCCGUGGUGCAGAUCUGCCGCACUCCGGGCGUGCACGCGGACGACUCGCUGGCAAACAUGUCGCUCCCGAUGCCGUCGGCCGCUGACGACACGGCGAACUCGAUCCCGGGCGAGCACACCUCGCCAGGCGCUUGGUUCGUCGUCGAGGAAUUCGUCCCGGACGCGUACCGCGCCGAGCUCGACACGCGGGGGCGCACGUACCGCCACUCGCUGCCGAUGCUGCGCAAGCUCAACCAGUUCCGCAUGGUGCGCGCAGGACUUGCGCCCUCGUCCACGGUCGCGGUCGUGCACCGUGCGCCGCAGGGGGCGCACGCCACGCAGGACACGCCGCGGGCACAGGCAUACGUCCCCGAGCCCCGUACGCAGGCAUAUGUCCCCGAGCCCCGCACGCAGGCAUACGCCCCCGAGCCCCGCACGCAGGCCUAUGCGCAGGAGCAGCGCACCACGCAGGCCGUAGCGCCCGAGGAGCGCACCACGCAAGCUUCGCACGAGCCUGGCACACACCCCUCGCACGAGCCUCCGGGCGGCGUCGCGCCGGGCACUUCCGGCGAGCAGACCCGUGCGGCCGCCGUGCCGGUGCAGCCGCAGGUCGUGCUCACGCCCGCACCGCCUGCCGAUGCGGCGAACGACGCGUACGAGACGUACGAGGCGUACGAACAGGCGAGCCGCCCCGAGACGGCGCACGACGCGUACGACGCGUACGAGCAGGCGAGCCGCCCCGAAACGGCGCACGGCACGCACGGCGCAGAGGAGUCUACAAGCCACCCCGUCAUUGGCCUGUGGCAGGCCGAGCCCGAGCCGAGCCGCGUCGAAAAGGAGCAGCCCGAGCGCGCGGUGGAGCCCGUGCCCGCGGCGGCGCUCGAGCGCGCGGCGGCGCCCGUGCCCAAGCCCGCGGCGACUACGGCCGUGCGCAUCGCGGAGCCCGAGCCCGAGCCCGAGCAAGCGCCCAACUCGACGGACCCCAGCCGCCUGAAGGAGCACCUGCCCGAGGCGCACGCGCCGUCGAAGCCGCACCGUACGCGCGCCGGCCUCGCGAGCCUGAUCCCGCGCAGGCACGACGAGCACGACGAGGCGGCGCCCCGUGCAAAGGACAGCAAGCGCUCGCUGCGCACCAUGUUCACCGCGCCGUUUGUGCCGCCACGGCCCGCGUCGCCCGAAGGGCGCUCGCCGAAGCCGUGGAGCCCGCUGCUUCAGUCGCUUCCCCACACGACGUUUGGCAAGGCGCCGCGCACGAGCACGCAGCAGAGCCGCAACACUUCGCAAGGGGACCAUGCCGAAGGGCGCACGGGCAUCGUGCAGCCGCGCCCCGAGCCGGCCGCAGUCUCGCCCGUGAUGCCCCAGGGGGUCGAGACGGCACGCCCGUCGCCCGCGCAGCCGGCACAGGCCACGCAGUCGACGCAGGCCACGCAGCCGGCCUCGCCGCAGGAGCCGACGUCACCGCGCGCGGGCGCCGGCCUGCUGGGCAACCUGCGCAACCGCGGCUCGAACUGGAUCCUCAAAGGCAAGCAGAGCGUGCGUGGCCUGCGCUCGCCCCGCUCGCCCCACUCGCCGCCGGCGGCCUUUGACGAAAACUUUGGCCGCCCGACGCAGCCGAACCCGACGCACGUCACGCCGGUGCACGGCGUGGAUCCGCGCACCGGCCUCGGUGGCCUCGGCGGCGCGGCCGUCGGCGCGGUCGGCGCUGCGGGCGCUGGCGCCGCGGCCACGGCCGGUGCGGCUGGCACGGGCGUAGCGCACGGCGCCGACAAGGCCCGCGAGGGUCUGACCGGCGGCAACAAGGCCGCCGGCACCUCGCCGUCCCUCGAGGCGUGGGAGCGCACGCCGACGCUGCCCGAGUCGGGCCGCCCGGCCUCGCGCGGCUCGCCGCAGGCCUUCACGCCCAAGUCGCCGGCCCUUUCCGCACGCCGCGCGUCGGGCGCCGCAAGCCCAGCCGGCUCGACAUACUCCAAGGUCAACCGCGUGCCGCCGCCCAAGCUGCCGCCGCAGGCCGAGACGUCGCUCGCGAGCGAGGCGCCGCUCGACACGACGCACGACACGUCCGUGCGCGCCUCGAGUCCUCCCGCGCUGCCGUCCGGCCCGACCGGCGGCUCGCCCAUCUUCCUCGGCCCGUGGGCGGGUGGUGAGGACGUCUCGGCGAGUCUUGCCUCGAUCACAGCGUACUCGCCGGCGCUCUCGCACAUCUCGCCGGACCCCGAGUCGCGCCGCGCGACGGUGUACAUGGACACACACAUGAGCCCGUCGUCGGUCGCCUCGAGCCAAUUCUCGGGGCCCGUGUCCAACUUUGCGCGCCCCACGAGCGCGCGCGCCUCGCCAUGGCGCAACAGCGCGCCGCUGCCAGAGACUUCGCCGAUCGUUGCGCCCAGCUCGACGCAGGGCCAGACGAGGACGUCGCCGGCGGUGCCGAGCACGGUCUUUGCGCAGGAGUCGCCCGCGCUCGUUUCCAAGAUGCAGCCGGGCGACUCGCCGGCCCUGCACGCCAAGGCGCUCCCGAGCGAGUCGCCGGCGAUCCCGGGCGCAAUGCCGCAGACGGUCCUGCCAGAGACCGCAACACCGGCGGCCAAGUCGCCGGCUUCGGUGUCGAGCGCGCAGGCACAGACGGUCCUUCCGCCGGCAACCGUGCCCGAGACGCCGGCGCCGAGCGCCAAGCCGCCGUCGAUCCGCUCGGCGGCCGAGCCGGUCGCUGCGCCGGACGCGCCGGCAAGCAAGGCCGAGUCCGCCGAGCCGCGCAUGCCCGCGCUGCCCAAGGGCCUCGCGCCGCUUGGGUUCAUGGGCCCGCCGGUGGGCUCGACGCCGAGUUACAUUACGAGCACGGGCCGCCCCAGCUCGGUCAGCUCGCAGACUGGUGCGUCGCCGGUCGUCAGCCGCUCGGCUGGCACGUCGCCUGCCGUGGGUACGUCGCCUGCCGUGGGUACGUCGCCUUUUAGUACGUCGACGGCGAUGGGCACCCCCGUGUCUGCUACGCCCGCUGUCGGUGCGCCUGCUGUUGGCGCUUCUCCUGCCGUUGGCGCUUCUCCUGCUGUUGGCGCUUCUCCUGCUGUUGGCGCUUCUCCUGCUGUUGGCGCUUCUCCUGCCGUUGGCACCUCGCCUGCCGUUGGCACUUCUGCCGUCGGCACAUCUCCUGCCGUCGGAGCUUCCCCUGCCAACGGCCAGGCGCCUUUCACUUCCUUUAAUACACCGGUGGCACCCGCUGGCAGUGCUACUUCGUCGCCACCGACGAACGAGCCUACCUACCCCACGCCGAGCUUCCCCCGCCGCUCGCCCCGCAAAGAGUCGCAGGCGACGUUCAAGAUCCCCACGUCGACGUCGCGCGACGGUCCUGCGCCCGCCCUCGCCGGUUUCACGGAUGCGACCGGCGCGUCAGGUACGUGGACCAUGCCGUGGGCGCAGCCGAUCCGCGCCACCCCUCCGAACUCGGGACGUUGGCCAGAGGCGGAUAUUCCGGCCAUGAUCCCCGAAGAGUCGAUGGAGCUGCCGUCGUCGUCUUCGCACCCCCCUGAAGAGCCCAUUCCGGCGCGUGCCGCGGACGAUGCGGCGGACGUGUCGAACGUGUCGAUGUAUGUGGAAGCCGCGACGACGUCGUUCGAGGCGCCUGCGCCCGCCUAUGAGUCGAUCCUCGACGACAGCCCGGUGCCGGCGCCUGCGCCUAGUCUCGGGCCUGCGCACUGGCGCCGCAGCAGGAUCCUCGAAGACAUCGACCUGCGCGACUUGCCCAGCGGCCGUCCGUCGACCGUGCCCAGCGCCGAGCCGGCCACCAAGGACGAGCCUACCGUCCCUAAAACGGCGCUCGCCGGCAGCACGCCGCACGCCAAUCUCGACCAAUACACGCCCAAGGACGCGAGUACGGCCCCGAGCGUGCCGAAGUCCACCGACGAGCCCACCGACUCUGUACUGGCCGAUCGCUACGCUCCCAAGGCGUCGGACGCUGAGCCUGCGGAUCGCUACAUGCCGAAGGAGUCCGACUUUGACCCCGCUACGCGCUACGCACCCCAAGCGACGGCCGACGCUGUGCCUGCACCCAAGAUCGAGCCUCCUUUCGUGCCUGCCGAUCACUUCGCGCCCAAGGACGACUCGGCCGUCUUUGUGCCCGCCGACCGGUACGCCCCGUCCGCUGCGCCGUCGGCCCCGACGGCCGAGACAAAGCCCUGGCAGACGGCCGCGCUGCGUGAGCCGUCGUCGGUCCAGCAGUCGGAGUUGCCUCAGGAGGACGAUGACGAGAUGGACCCCGACGAGGAGGCCUUCUUCCGCGCCGGCCUUGCGCUCGAGACGAUGCCGUACAACAACGAGAGCGCCGACGUGAGCUACGCGCCGACGUCGGGCUACGUCUCGGUGCCGGACACCUCGGCGAGCAUUGACGACGUGUCGCGUGCGAGUGCACUGGCGCUCGACGCGAGCUCGCCGCCGCUCGUCCAGGCGCCGUUCCCCGGGUCCAACAUGCCGCUCGCCGGCUUUACGCCGUCCGCGUCGAUGGCCAACUUGCCGGUCUCGUCGUCCGUCAGCCGCAUGCGCACGCAGCCCAGCAUGGCGUGGCUCUCGUCGCAAGGCUCCGAGACGUUGCUUGCGCCGCGUGCCAAGGACGAGGAGCCCGACGUGCCCCGCUCGUCGAGCCGCGUGUUUGCGUCGCGCACCGAAGAGGACGGUGCCCCCAGCCUCGGCCCUGCGCGAGAGCCAAGCAUCAAGACGAUCUCCUCGCGCUCGUCGCAGCACAUUGUCUCGCGUUCGUCGAGCAAUGGCUCCGAGCAGCGCACGUCGUGGGAGCCCCUCAGCGUGCGUACGCGCCCCAGCGUCGCGACGAGCCCCGCCGAGGCGCUGGCCGAGCAGGCGGAGCCGGCACAGGACAAGAGCGCGCCGACGUCGGCUAACCCCUUUACGUCUCCGACGCAUACCAAGGCGCGUUCGCCGCUGACGGCUGCGAACCCCUGGGCGACGUCGACGACGGCGCUCGCGGGCUUUACGCCGAGCGCGAGCAUGUCCAAGAUGGCGGAAAAGUCUACGACGAGCGCCUCCGAGGCGCCGGCUACGGCAAGCCAGGUGCCGGCGGCCGAAAGCAAGGACGAGGUGCGUUCGCAGCCCGUCGGCGCGGUGCAUGAGCCGAGCAAACCGAGCAAGCCGGUGGCGACCUCAACGCCUGUGCGCAAUGCCGCGCAGGACGACGAGUGGGACGACGACGAGCUGCCGCCGCCGCGUCCGCGCGCGAUGCCCAAGUCGAGCAGUGUCGUGCGUAUUGUGAACAAGGACGCGAGUGAGUCGCCCGCGACCUCGUUCGUGUCGGGCGCGGAGGACGUGUCGACGAGUAAAUCGGCGCCCUCGAAGCGCACGUCGCAGCAGAGUGUGCCCAGCGCGUCCGUCGAGGAGGUGGAGGACGAGGAGAGCCACCUGCCGGACCUGCCGGGCGAAUUCCCCAGUAAAUAG